AUGGCGGCUCAUAAUUCUAGUACACACUUGUCUACAAAAUCAAGUCCGUAUUUUCUGCUCACAGGCCAGGAAUUUAGGCUACCACUGGACGCAAAAUUAAGACCAAACUGCGAAGAUAUGGAGCUAGUACAGCGAUUAAGAAGGCUAGAGGAGAUUCGUGAAGAAACCAUCAAGAAUUUACCAGACAUUCAAGAAAAGCAACGAAAUUAUAGCAACAAAUCCAGAAUUCAACCUCCUUUCAAGGUUGGUGACUAUGUUCUGAUGCACCUCCCAAACCCAAAUCCUAACGUUUGCCACAAACUCAGAAUAAAAUACAGCGGACCGUUUAGAAUAGUCGAACAGAUCUCCCCAAGCAGGUACAGGAUCGAUACGGGAAAACGAGGAAAAGAUAAAUUUGCCAUAGUGCAGGCCGACCGGCUCAAAAAAUACACGCCAAGAUAG